GCUUUGUGAAUUGUGAUGGAGCAGUGAAAACUCAGCUCAGAGCUGGUAGCGUAGUCAGAUCGAGAGACAGAGAGAAGCAAUGGACAAGAAGCAGAGCAAGCCAAUGGAGCUUUUGAAUACGAUGGUAUCAGAGCCGUACUAUCUGCUCCAUUUCUUGGCUUUCUUCUCCUACUUUGUCUUCCGGACCUCCGUAGUCCAAGUCCUCAAUACCCACAUCACCGAUCGCCUCCUUCAUCGAGAAAUUCAAGCGGCUUUGGCAUUUGGGCUCUUGACUGCCAUCAAGAUAGUGAGGGAAGAAACUUGGGAAGGAUAUAUUGCUGAUACGAUCUUCUUUGCAAAGAUUUUUGUUAUUGGUCUUACUUUGAUAGUGGAUUACCACUUGACUCUCUGGUACAUAGUGGUUUUUACAGUAAUAUACAUUUUCACACAACAACCUGCCUUUCAAAAAUUAGGCACUUCUAGUAAAUUAACACCAUUGCAGUUGGAAAGCUUGCUGACUGAAGGGAGCACAUCAAGACUUUGGCUGGUUGAAUUUCGGGCCGCAUAUUCUCCUGCUUGCAUACGCUCAAGUCGGUGCUUUCCUGAGCUCUCAAUUACAUAUUCCAACAAAAAUUUCUCUUUUGGAAUAGUUGACCUCGGACUCUUCCCAAAUGCUGCAGGGUAUUUUGGAAUAUCUGUCUCUGGGAGCAUGAGCCAACUUCCUACAUAUGUCUUAUUCUCGCAUGGAGCUGAAGUUGCGCGCUAUCCAGAACUAGAUUUUCAAGCAAAACCUUUUGGUCCUCCCAUAACUAAGAGAUUUCUUUCCAGGUACUUCAAGCUUGAUCGGCACCUUCUGGAGUAUAUAAAUGGUAAAUAGGUAUUCGACAUCGAUCCACACUAUAUACUCUCCAACAUCAGAGCUUCCAAUUUUGAUUCCUCUUUGUAUGUCUACAUAUGUUUUGAGGGUGUAAAGAACAUAUAUUCAAGUUUAAACCAUUUCCCUCUGAUUUUACAUGGAAGACGAGAAAAAGUUCCCAUUUUUGCUUGAUUUAGUGUAUGUAAGAGUAAGAUGUAUUUUUAGGUCAGAAGUAGCAUGAAUUGAACUCUGAAUCAGUUGGAAAUUUGGAAUUCUCAGAGCUCUUGUUUUGUAUUGAA